ACGAAGUGGUUCGAUGCACAGAUUUUCUUGACCCUGACUGUGGUUUUUCCGUGAAGUCAUCAGAUUUAGUAGAUCUCAUUAAUUUUAAGUAAAAUGGAGAGAUUUGUACGACAUACUUCCCCUUCUCACACAAAAGACAUUCAACCAGAACUGUGCUCAUUGAAGAGUGAGUCCUUUUAUCUUAAUCAGGAACUCAAAAAGAGAGGUAUCACCAACACAGAAGUGGCAGAUCCUCCUUUAAAUUGUGAGAUAGCUUACAGAACCCUUCUUACUUCUGAUGGUGUUGAAUUUUUGUCAGAACUUUGUCAGGAGUUUGAUAAAGAAGUGACACAGAUGCUACAAGCUCGGGAACAAAGGAAACUGGAAUUAAAACAAUCAAGUCAUCUCCCUGAUUUCGAUCCUAAAACUGCAAACAUACGUGAAUCAAAUUGGACGGUUUCUCCAGUUCCCAGAAGGCUUCAGUGUCGUCAUGUAGACCUUGGUGAUGUGUCUCCUAGCAACAGAGCCCAUUUUGUUGCUGCACUGAAAUCUGCAGCACAAGGAAUUCAGACUGAUUUUGAUGACGGACACUGUCCCACAUGGGCCAAUCAGCUUCAGGGUUUAUACAAUGUAUACAGAGCCGUACACAACACUAUACCAGGUGUACCAAACAUAGAGGAUGCUCCGGUUCUAAUGCUGAGGCCCAGAGCCUGGAACAUGGUGGAACACAACCUCAUUGUGAAUGGUCAGGAAGUUCUAGGUCCACUAUUUGAUUUUGGACUUCUUAUGUUCCAUAAUGCUCGUAUUCUGUUGGAGAAGGAGUGUGGACCUUAUUUCUACCUAUCCAAACUUGAAGGCAGUAAGGAGGCUGCAGUAUGGGAUGCUAUUUUUAGUUGGACUGAGAAAAAGCUGAAGCUGCCACAUGGAUGUGUAAAAGCCUGUGUGUUGAUUGAGAAUGUGCUGGCCUCUUUUGAGAUGCAUGAAAUUCUGUAUGCCCUGAGGGAUCAUUCCCUGGGACUUAACUGUGGGAUUUGGGAUUACUCAGCAUCUUUCAUCAACAAAUUUGGUCACCGUCGGGACUUUUUAUUACCAGAUAGGAACAAGUAUGUGUCUAUGGAUCGCCAUUUUCUGAAGAGCUAUAUGGAUUUAGUGGUGCAAACCUGCCACCAACGGGGUUGCCAUGCUACUGGAGGAAUGGCAGCAUUGUUACUACCUAAAACAUCCUCAGAAAAUUAUGAAAAAUAUCAAAUGAUUCAAAACAAAGUUCUAAGAGCUAAACAGACUGAGAUUGAGGCAGGUGUUGAUGGAUUUAUGGUCUAUGACAUACGGUUGGUGGUACCAUCUCAACAGAUGUGGAAAAGGUUAACCUCAUCAGACAAUCAGUUUUCCAAGUCAAGGUCAGAGGUCAAGGUCACCAAUAAAGACUUAUUACUGAUGCCAUCAGGAGGAGUUACAGAGACAGGUUUAAAACAUAACAUUGCUGUUGGUAUCCUCUUUAUUGAAGCUUGGCUCAGAGGUGUGGGUCAUUACUAUUACAAAGGAGCUGUAGAGGAUUCAGCCACCGCUGAGAUAUCUAGGUCACAGAUUUGGCAAUGGAUCAGAUUUCAAGCCAUUCUAGAAGACAAUGGCAAACAAAUAACCAUGGCGAUGGUGAAGAACUUAAUCAGAGAGACGACACAGGAGAUGUUUUGGUCAUCGGAGAAUUCUCAUUUUGUGACAGAAAAAGACAGACAGAGACUUCUUACAGCUGCUCAAAUGUUCCAGGAAAUUGUGUCUAAACUAGAUUUCCCAGAAUUCAUCACUACAUAUUUUAAUUUGGAUCACACAUUUUUAAAGAGCCAGGCUUCGUUUUCAUUUGUUAGUAUGUCAGCUUUGGAAUCUCAUUUGUGAAGAAGUUUGAUCUGGUGGUAGAACCCGGUGUUCAUUGAUCUGUGAACAUUGUAUACUUGUAGUCAUUCCAUUAUGUAUGUAUGGACUUAUUAUUUUAUCAAAGAUGGCAUGCUAAAAUAUAUUUACUCAAUACAAUUUUUGUUCAACCAGAAUAGUUUUUGUAGUAUUGAAGUGUCCAUCUGUCUGUCUGUGAAAUGCACUUUCUCCUUCUGUUUUAGCCUGUUUUGGUCUGAAUUUAGUAAAACUUUGCACACAAGACUAAAUCAAGAGACAUAAUUUUGUUUAUUAGUUUUUAUUAUAAUUUACAGUGUUUGCCAUAGUGACUAGACAUAGAGUAAUCUCUUUCAUUAUUUGAAAUCUGUAUACAGGGAAAUUUUUGCCCCAAUUUUAUUUUUGUCCCAUUUGCCCUACCUUCAUAAAUUUAAAGUGGGGCGAAUUCAAAGAAUACAAUAUAAUUAGUUAAACAGAACUAUGACUGGGCAAAUUUAAAACAGGGCAAAAUUGUUUGCAAGUGUGAAAGGGCAAAAAUAACCCUACAUACAGUACUACUCUUUCAUUUUUUGUCUGAUUUCAUUAUAUAUUUCAUUAUUUCAAAAUACUACUUCUCAUACAGAAGGCAUAUACAUGUAGUUUUGGGUCUGUCCAUUUGUCUGUUUGCAAACACCUUAACCUUGGCCAUAACUUUUAAGAGGUUGGAGCAAAGGCUGUCAUAUAUCACAGUAUAUUCCUUGUGACAAGAUUUUUUUGGGGUACCAAACAUUUCUGACUCCAUGUCCUUUACCUUGGCAUUUGACCUACUUUUGAAAGACUUAGGCCUUGGUAAUUUCUCAACAGUUGGUGCUAGUGCUUUCUUAUUUCACAUGUGUAUUCCUUGUGACAAUACCUUUCUUUAACUAUUACCAAUAUUUUUGACCUCAUGGCCUUGACCUUGGAGUUCAACCUACUUUUGAAAGACUUUAUCCUUGGCCAUAACUUCUGAGCAGUUGGUCCUAGGGCUUUCAUCACAGAUUCUGUAUUCCUAAGAUUGAAUAAUGUAUGAAAUCAUAACAGAAUGCUACUUUUCUGAAUUUUUUUGUCUGAUUCAGUGAAACAUCUAUUUCUAAAUAUAUAAUGCUUUUUCUUUGAUUUUACAUUACAGUAAACAGUGUGUUACCUGUCACUGAUCUGCCUUGAUAAUACAUGUAUUAAAUUGUUACAGGUUUAAUACUUUCAGUUUGUGUAAUAGUACAUUGUACAUCAUGUGAAUCAGUAAUUACUAGUACAUUAUACAUCAUGUGCAUUAGUAAUUACAUGUCAUUAAUAGAUGUAUUGUUUAUCCUGGUGCUUGUCCAUUUCAGAUAACAUAAUAUAUAAAUCACAGUCAUCAGGUGUGAAUGUAACAUUGUAUUUACAAAGAUUGUUUAUUUUCCAUGUCUUUCAGAAGUAUAGGGGCAUUUUUAGCUCACCUGAGCCAAAGGCGUAAGUGAGCUUUUCUGAUUGAAGGAUGUCCAGCAUCCUUCUGUCGUGUGUCAUCUGUAAACUUCUCACAUUUUUGACUUCUUAUCAUGAACAAUAAAGCCAUGAUUAGUCAUAUUUAUAUGGAAGUGUCCUCAGGUAGAUUCAAAUAGGGUGGGACCACAAUAAGUGAUAUAGCUGUAUUGUGACAUAAAAAUAUAUAGGGGAAAACCCUGCUGAUGGAGCACAGCAGCUCCAUAGUAACUCAGGUGAGCAAUGUGGCCUAUGGGCCUCUUGUUUUUGUUUUGCAUUUAUCUUAUGAAAUAUUUUUGUACUACAUGCUUAUAUUUUUAUUAUUGGUGAAGAGCAUUAAAAAGAUUAUUUCAGUAAA